AUUUGUGGGCACACUGUUGCGCAUCUCUACACAACAAAUGCGCGGUAUCAUUGAACAUCUGAUUGGAUUCAGUUUGCCAAAAAUCUACAGCUCUUAUCAAAAAUGUCGGCCGAUGUGCAAAACACAGAUACCAAGGAUACGUUAACUCAACUGCUAGAAAUGGGUUAUGCGGAGAUCGAGGCACGACAGGCGUUGGCGCAUGCCUCCAAUAAUCUAGAACUGGCCAUACAAUAUUUGGUCGGCGACUACGAUGCCGAACAAACUGAUGAAGCGCUACGACGACGCGUGCGUCGCCACUGCAAGCAGCUGCGCAGCUGCCUUAUGGACAAUCCAGCCUUAACCGAUUACGCCGUAGCAGCGCUAAUGAAAAAGCCACGCACAGCCGAAGCGUUGCGUGAGUUGGUCGGCACGCACAGCGUGACGUUCAUGGAAUCUAUGCUGGAGUCAUCCUCCGACGAGGAGGAGGUCAAAGAGGAGCGCAAUCAGUCUCACAGCUAAAAGAGAACGAAAGAGGAGAGAGGUUGCCAGAUCAGCUGUUAAAACUAGAUAUUAAAGCGAAUUAAACGAAAGCCAAAA